GUAUUUAGCUAAAAUUGAAAAAAAAUUCCCCCACAUUCAGCGCUGAGCGAAUAAUAUUACUUACAAGGCAGUCGACCAAUAGUUCUGAAUUUAAAAGACAAUAUAACUCCAGUGAGAUUCAAGAUACUCAAGCAAGAGUUGCCUUCUCGGAACAAUAAACGCAUGCGCAAAAACAAGGCUUAGGAUACUGAUGUAAGUUGCAUACCUAGAGCAUCAUGCCUUGGUCAGAAACACAGAGGAAAAGACUAGCCAUGGAGAAAGAAAUCCUGGAAUCUUACUUUAAAGAUAAAGUAAGCUGGAAUAACCCAACAAGUGACACGAGUGUCGAAGUCAAGAUGACUACAAGCAAUGAUCAUCAUUAUACAUUAAGGACAUAUCUUCCAGGUGACUACCCCAACUCAUGUCCUGAACUGACCGUUGCUUCACCACAAACACUUAAACGAUAUGAUGGAAGUUUAUUGAACGGUUCUGCAUCUUCAAUGGAUCAUACAUACGGAACAAAAAAUGGGCUCGUGAAAAUAUGCCACUUUCGUCCACAAAAAUGGACGGAUGAGUUUACGCUGUACCAAGUGUUCAUGAAAGGUCUGCUAUGGUUAGAGGCGUAUGAAUCACACCUGAGGACAGGCAAGUCCCUUGCUACUUAUCUUAGAGAAAUGUAAAUUUAGAUAGUACAAACUGUAAGAUUAUUUACAUUAUAAGAUCACAUGUGGACACAGUGAUUUGAUCAAUAAAUGCCAAAUAUCUCAGGUAUAAUAUUGUAAACAUUUAGUAAGGUUCGAUAGGCCAUUGUGAAUGCUUUUUAGACAGCCUACCAUGCAUGUGCUGCGGUACAACCACAGUUAAUAAUACAAAAUACACUAUGCUUGUAUUUGAUGUAAGUAAUGCAAGAACUCUAUGACAGCAUGUAGCUUUUAAGGUUGUGAGACUUUCAAAAUGUAAAUAAAUUCUGGGCUGAUUAUUCUCA